AUGCUACCCACUGGGUUGAAAGAUAAUCAACCCCGCGAGAGCAACAGUCAAAAGGUCCACCCUCAACCCAUGGAAGAUUCUGCAAAUCAAAAUCCUGAAGCUGUGGAAGCCUUGAUAUCCAAAGUAUUUACCAACAUCUCCUCUCUGAAAUCUGCUUACAUCCAGCUCCAAGCCGCUCAUACUCCCUACGAUCCUGAUAAAAUACAAGCUGCUGACAAAGUUGUAAUUUCUGAGCUGAAAAAUCUAUCUGAGCUCAAGCAUUUCUACAGGGAAAACAACCCCAAACCAAUAUGUGUUUCUCCUCAGGACUCUCGGUUAGCUGCAGAGAUCCAAGAACAACAGAGCCUGCUUAAAACAUAUGAGGUUAUGGUGAAGAAAUUCCAAUCUGAAAUUCAGAAUAAAGAUUCUGAGAUUCAUCAGUUGCAGCAGAUGAUUGAGGAGGCAAACCAGAAACGAGCAAAACUGGAAAAGAAUCUUAAACUUAGGGGCUUGUCAACCAAAGAAUCAGAAGGUUCUGGAGAUGAAAAUGGCUUUUAUUCUGUGGAUCUAACCCCAGAGCUCUUCACAUCUGCUGUAGAAACUGCUUUCAAAGCCAUCCAUGAUUUUUCUAAACCAUUGAUCAACAUGAUGAAAGCAGCUGGGUGGGAUCUUGAUGCUGCAGCUAACUCCAUUGAAUCCAAUGUUGUUUAUGCAAAGAGAGCUCACAAAAAGUAUGCAUUUGAGUCUCAUAUAUGUCAAAGAAUGUUCAGCGGUUUUCAGCACGAGGACUUCUCAAUUAAAGCAGAUAGUGGGGCGGUUUCAAAGGAGAGUUUCUUUCACCAAUUUCUUGCUAUGAGGGAAAUGGAUCCGUUGGACAUGCUAGGUCAGAACCCAGAUUCUGUUUUUGGGAAAUUUUGCAGGAGCAAGUACCUGGUGGUGGUUCAUCCAAAGAUGGAGGCUUCAUUCUUUGGAAAUUUAGAUCAGCGAAAUUAUAUAAAUGGGGGAGGGCAUCCAAGAACGCCCUUCUACCAGGCAUUCUUGAAACUGGCCAAGUCUAUCUGGCUUUUGCACAGGCUUGCUUAUUCCUUUGAUCCAAAUGUUAAGGUUUUCCAAGUUAAGAGGGGAAAUGAGUUCUCAGAGGUUUUUAUGGAAAGCGUUGUUAAAAAUCUGGUAUUAGAUGAAAAUGAUCUAAAGCCUAGGGUUGGCCUAAUGGUUAUGCCUGGUUUUUGGAUAGGAGGCAGUGUGAUUCAGAGCCGUGUUUAUCUCUCAGGUGUGAGGGUUGCCGAAUGA